ACCUAUGUUGGUGUAUAUUGUGCUAGAUGUAAGAUAAGGGCAGUAAAUGGUUAACUGGAGUGUUUGGAAAGACGCUAUCUGGUAUCCAAGGACGAUUUAGCUCGCGCUGCACCCUGACAACAUUACAAAUCACAGAAACAUUACAAUACUACACUGCAAUCAUGCCGAUGCACCACGAAUUUAUUUCUAAACUAACCUUUAAGACGUUUUCUUUAAAAUCGAUUGAAAGCAAAAUAUGAACUUUUGUUAUUUAGUUAUGUUUGUUGGCAGUUCUGCUGCUAAUCUAACGCUAACUUUAGUGAGAUCGUUUAAAUGAGCAUUUGAAUCGAUUCAUUUGAUUCGAACAAUGUCUGGAAUUAAGCACGCGUCCCAUCAAAGCAUCAAACCUUUUAAAUCAAGUGAAGAAUAUCUCUAUGCCAUGAAAGAAGACCUGGCGGAAUGGCUGGCAGAGUUAUACAACAUCGACAUUCACGUCAAUAAUAUUUUGGAUGUAUUGGAGACAGGUGCGCUGCUUUGUGCACACGCCAAUAACGUGACACGCGUGGCGGAUGAGUUUCAAAAAACGAUGGGAGUCCCUGAGAUGCAGCUGCCCACAUCUGGAGUCACUUUUGUCAGCUCUGUCCAUCCAACAACAUUCCUGGCAAGAGAUAAUGUGACCAAUUUCAUCAACUGGUGUCGAAAAGAGAUGGGCAUUCCAGAUGUCCUGAUGUUUGAGACGGAUGACCUUGUCCUGCGUAAGAACGAGAAGAAUUUUGUGCUGUGCGUUCUUGAGGUGGCCAGACGGGCAUCUCGUUUCGGCAUGGCUUCCCCAGUCCUCAUACAGCUGGAGCAGGAGAUAGAGGAGGAGAUUCAUGAUGAGGAGACAAUCCAACACAAACCUCAGAGGCGCUUGAGAAACAGCCAGAACUUGGAUGAAAUGGUACAGUUCCUGAUAAGUCGAUGCACCUGCCCUUCCCAGUUCCCCAUGGUGAAGGUAUCAGAAGGCAAAUACAGGGUUGGAGACUCCAACACUCUCAUAUUUGUGCGGAUCUUGAGGAAUCAUGUAAUGGUGAGAGUGGGUGGAGGUUGGGACACACUGGAGCAUUAUCUGGACAAACACGAUCCCUGUCGCUGCACUUCUCUUAUCCAUAAAUUGACUCAACGUCCAGCUACUCCAGUCCAUGAGAUCAAAGAAAAGUUAACCAUACCCGAGGCCGAGUGUGGUUCUCAGACCAGCCUUCUGCUGAGCCGAUCUCAAUCCCCUCUUCAGCCAGUUACGUGGACCCCAUCAGCCCCCUACAGAGCCCAAAGAACAGGACCCUCUCCACCUCGACCAUCCCACACCCCCGACCCUGAACAUCAGCCCACCCGACGGAGAAACAGCUCCUCCCCUAACAAAUUUAGGGAGAGACCAAGUACGCCACCUCACUUACAAACUUGUACUGACAGUAGUGACCUCCGAAUAACAAACUCCUCCAGUAGAAAAGGUAGAGAGGCAACACGAUCGUCCCCAGCACCUCGCCUUGCUAGAAGUCUCCCACGGGCUUUCCACCGUUCUACCACACCACAACCUGAGAUGCAACCUCCUCAAAUGCCCCUGGUUCUUCAGAAGAACCACAUUGAGCCCCAACAUAGCCCUGAGAAGAACCUAGGUCAAACCUGGACCAAAUCGCACUUUGUCACCAAACUGAGACAAAACUCCACAGCUGGAGUAAAAGGACUAGAAACACAUCUACUCUCAAAUAGGCAAGAAUGUCCAAGCCCAGGAAUGAUCUUCCAGAGUCCUCCCAGUAAUACAAAGCCACGUUUAAAACCUCCAAACAUCACCAUUCAAGAGCCUGAGGACAAUGGAUGUCCUAAAAGAAGUCCAGGAUUCAUCCGCUCAUUUUCUCCUUCCAAAGGGGUGAUGGGUGUCAUUUCAGAGGCACAACCUAGAACGCCAACUACAAAAACCAAGGGAGAUGGUUCGGCACAAUCCUCAGAUGCAAUGAAACGAUUUCUUGAUGCAAAUGACAAAGAGCAGCUUGAUAAAAGAGGAAACAGAGCAGUCAGCAAGGUACAGAAUCUGACACCGCCAGUUCCAAACAUGGUGCCUUCCCUUCACAUUAGCAUCUCGAGUAGAUCAAGUGUCCCUGAUUCACAGAAAUCGAAAACAGAUUUAGGAAGUGAUAAAGGGGGGAUAGAGGGUGCAUAUCUUUACACUCCGUCUGCACUCAGCCCUGCUCAAGAAGCCAAUCUCUACAAGAGUCUAGAGGAGGAAAUCUUGUCCAAUCUGCAACAGCUAAGCAUCGACUCGGAUACCAACAGCAGCUCAGAUGGAAACCUCGGUGAGACUUUUCAGAGAUCUGGAGAAGUCUUGCUAGACCACUGUAAAGUUUCCUCUACCAAAAAGUCAAGAAAUUGUGAUCAGACAGCACAUCUCUAUUCAUCUGGCAACAACAGUAAACACGUGGCUAGUUUUGACACAGUUAUUGCCGAACUCUCUAGUGGACAACGGAAGAUGGAGAAAGUCUCAAUUGAAAAGUGGGUAAAUACUCUUCCCAGUGGCCUCAAAGACAAGGUGGAGGAAGACCACACUACAUCAUCUCACCUCAAGGUCUCCAAGCCUUUAAUGACCGGUUCCUGGUCUUCCUUGGGGUCCAGUAUGGAUUCAAAGGAGACUGGUGAACUUGUAAAGCUGUCAGGAGACAAGCAGAAUGCAGAGAGAAAAAAUACUCAUGGUAAAGUAUCAAGUGUAUGUACUGGACAUCUAAAAAUGCAGAGGAGUUCUUCAUUCACGCAAAGGAGGUCUUUAAAAAAGCCAGAGAGGGUGCCGUCCAUCUACAAGCUGAAACUAAGACCCUGUGUGCCCCCCAGACGUGACCACAGAUCUGAUCGAAGACCCUCAAAGAUACCAAAACCAGUUUUCUACAAAAGAAUAAGCUGCAAAGAUGGCAACCAGAGAGAAAACGAUUUCCCACAUGAGAUUUUCAGCACAGAGGACUCUCAAGGAAACACAUGGACUAAACCCAAAUCUUAUAGUCCAAUACAGAGUCCAAGUAAGUGCCAAAAGACAAACCAAGAGCCACUUGCAGAUCAAGUACUGGAAUAUUGGGUUUAAUGGGAAGACAUUUGCCAUUUUUGGAGUAUACUGAAAUUUUUACCCAAUUUAGCCAACCCAAGUAUGGUCAGGGACUUUUUGUAAGCUUGUGUGCAAAAUCCAGGAUAAAGUCUCAUGAUCUAAUUAUGAGAAUAGAAGAAUCAAAGUUUGAUUUCACUUUAAUUUCAAUCUUUGGCAUGGCCUUAGUCAAUAUUAAAGAUAUCAAGGUUAUAUUUUCAUGCAAUGCUCUUUAUAUUACGUACACUGCAAAAAAAGGACUUUCUUAAUAUUUUUGUCUUUUUUCAGUACAAUUAUCUAAAAAUUCUUAACAUGAAGAUGCAAUUCCUUGAUGAGCAAAAUUACCUUAAAAAAAUAGAUAGAAAUAUUCCUACCUCAUUGGCAUAUUUUUUCGCUUGUUUUAACUCUUUAACUGCCACACCAAGAAAAAGGCAUUUGAUUUUUUUUGUUUGCAUUUCUUAUCUCCUUAUGUCACUAGUUAACACACUCAAUGGAUUUUUUUCAACACAUCCUAUCAUUUUUUUUUAUAUCGGCCUCUACCAAAUGGUUGAUAUGUUGAUACACAUACUAUGGAAAUCAGAAAAUAUGAACUAUAAUUAUAUAUAAUAAUACUUUUUAAAAAACAUAAUCAAAAUAAAAUAGUUUUGUAUAUUAAAUCUUCUUUAUUUAUGGAAGUUAAAAUAUUAAAAUAUUUCAUGUUUUCAUUUUAACACAGGAAAUGAAACAUUUUCUUAUUUUUUAACAAUAAAAAAAUAACUAAAAGUAACAAAAAUUAAAAUAUAAAUUUUUUUCUGCAUGCAAAACCUAAUAUAAAGAAGGCAAAAGAUAGUAAUACAAUGACAUUUUAGGUUAAUUUAUGAUUCAAGAAACACACUGUCAAGUAUUUUUUUUUUAUUAAUAAACAUUUCUUUGUAAACCAGCAAUGCUGUGUAGAGUAAACCAACAUUAGAACAAUCCUUUAAACAAUAUAAAACAUCAUUUAAGAAGUAAUUUCUGAUUAAUUAAUUAGUAAUUAUGAUUUCCAUACAUUAAUUAUAUGAAUUCAUCAUAUUCAUUUCAAAAAUAAAUCCAGAAGUGGCAAAAAAUACAUACUUAAGAAAUUAUCUCAAUAUAUUCAAAAAUAAAUAAAAUUAGCUGUGUCAUAUUCAUAGCUGUGAAAGAAAUUUUGAUUUCUCAGCAAAUAGUACAUUCUUACUGCAGAAAUGGAUGAUCUGAAAACCUUACUUUAGCUUUUCUACAUUUACCAUAAAGUUUUACCAUUAAAUUUAACAAUUUACCAUUUUUUGGCAUAACAUAGCUCAACCAAAUAGUAGAGAUGGCUCAAUUAGCUUGAGUUAAGUUAGGUCAUCCUCUCAAUAAAAUAUAGGGACUCAAAAUGUGCUCAACCAUUUGGUCGAGCAGGCAGUUAAAGGGUUAAAGUAUUUUUUUCCUACUAUGGAAGUGAACGGGGCCUACGAACGGUUUGGUUACAAACAUUUCUCAAAACAUCUUCCUUUGUGUUCAUCAGAACAAAGAAAUUUAUACAGGUUUGUUACAACAUGAGGCUGGGUAAUUAUAAAUAAUUAUG